AUGCCCAUGACAACGGAUGUCCAUGGGACAAAGGUGCAUGUGAUACGGCUGCUGGGGUGGACAUUGGAAAUUCUGAAGUAUUUACAUGAGAAUGGCUGUCGCUGGGAUGAAUACACCUGCCGCCAGGCUGCUCAAAAUGGCGAGCUGGAAGCCCUGAAUAUGCACACGAAAAUGGCUGUCCUUGGAAGAAGAACACCUGCGCUGCUGCAAGAUAUGGUCAUUUCCAUGUCCUCCAAUAUGCCCAUGAACAUGGCUGCCCUUGGGAUGAGAAAACCUGCAGCAAAGCUGCAACAACUGGCCGUUUGAAACUGCUCAAAUAUGCCCAUGAAAAUGGCUGUCCAUGGAAUGAAGAAACAACUUGCGCUGCUGCAAGAUAUGGUCAUUUCCAUGUCCUCCAAUAUGCCCAUGAACAUGACUGCCCUUGGGAUGAGAAAACUGCAGCGAAGCUGCAAGAACUGGUCAUUUGAAACUGCUCAAAUAUGCACAUGAAAAUGGGUGCCCAUGGGACGAAGAGACAACCAUCAAUGCUGAAAAGAAUGGGCAAUCGGAAGUCAUGUCAUAUGUUCGAGAAUACGGUUGUCCAUAUCCAGGGGACUCCAUCAAAAGGUUUGCCAUUGUGUCUGCUGGUUUCUGCAGCAUUCUUCUUCUUCUAGUUUUGGUGAUUGCCAUUUUCAAAUGGUGAACGCUACGGUACACCGUACUCAAUGAGAAGAGAAGAGGGAAGGGCGCCAAGCAUCAUCAAGAUCCAUCAGGAGGAGAGCUGAUAAAAGCCUCUUUACUUAUUUGAUUCUCGUUUUUAUUAAACAAAACCGCACUGUUACCAUUA